AACCAACCAACCUUGUUGUGCGUGCCCAAUAAUCUCUUCUUUCAUUUCACAUUUUCAUUCAUUCACAACACUCUUUCCUACUUUUCCCAUUUUCUCUCAUCAUUCAUUCUCCCGUUUUUAUUGCAUCAUGGAUCCCACACCUACAGCGCAACGUCGUCUCAAAGCUAUCAAUGCCCACCUCAUCACCGCCGUCGAAGAUAACUCUUCCGAUCAUCUUCAAUCUAAUCCCACCGCCGGCGAGUUCUUCUCCGAGCAAGGGUAUAGUGUUGUACUCCCAGAGAAACUGCAGACAGGAAAGUGGAACGUGUAUAGAUCCGUACGCUCUCCUCUGAAGCUGAUGAACCGCUUCCCUGAUCAUCCUGAAGUUGGUACACUGCAUGAUAAUUUUGUGCGCGCAGUUGACACUUUUCGGGAUUACAAAUAUUUGGGAACUCGUGUUCGUGUUGAUGGAACAGUUGGGGAGUACAAAUGGAUGACAUACGGAGAAGCAGGUACUGCUCGGUCGGCAAUAGGUUCUGGUUUGAUUCAUUAUGGAAUCCCAAAGGGUGCUGGCAUUGGGUUGUAUUUUAUUAACAGACCUGAGUGGCUCAUUGUUGAUCAUGCUUGCUCUGCAUAUUCAUACAUAUCGGUGCCUUUAUAUGACACUCUCGGUCCUGAUGCUGUCAAAUAUAUUGUUAACCAUGCUCUGGUGCAAGUUAUAUUUUGUGUCUCUCAAACAUUAAAUUCAUUGCUGAGCUACUUGUCUGAAAUUCCAACUGUGCGUCUUAUUGUGGUAGUUGGAGGUAUAGAUGAUCAAAUUCCAUCACUUCCAUCAUCAGAUGGAGUUCAAAUUAUUUCAUAUACAAAGCUUUUUAGUCAGGGACGCAGCAAUCUUCAGCCCUUUUGCCCCCCAAAGCCUGAGGAUGUUGCAACCAUUUGCUAUACAAGUGGCACAACUGGAACCCCAAAGGGUGCCGUCUUGACCCAUGAAAACUUCAUUGCAAAUGUUGCCGGGGCCACUAUAGAUGAAAAAUUCAACCCUUCAGACGUUUAUAUAUCCUAUCUUCCUUUGGCACACAUUUAUGAGCGAGCGAAUCAAGUCAUGACAGUAUAUUUUGGCAUGGCAGUGGGAUUCUACCAGGGGGAUAAUCUGAAAUUAAUGGAUGACCUAGCAGCUCUAAGACCUACUGUCUUCUGUAGCGUUCCUCGCCUAUAUAAUAGAAUAUAUGCUGGUAUUAUUAAUGCUGUUAAAACAUCUGGUGGUCUGAAGGAGAGGCUUUUCAAUGCUGCUUACAAUGCUAAAAGGCAGGCAUUAUUGCAUGGCAAGAACCCAUCUCCAAUGUGGGACAGAUUAGUUUUCAACAAGAUAAAAGAAAAACUUGGAGGACGAGUUCGUCUUAUGGUAUCAGGUGCCUCACCUUUAUCGCCUGAUGUCAUGGAAUUUUUAAAGAUUUGCUUUGGUGGGAGAGUGACUGAAGGUUAUGGAAUGACUGAGACUACUUGUGUUAUAAGCUGCAUUGAUAACGGUGACAGACUUGGUGGUCACGUUGGUUCUCCAAAUCCAGCCUGUGAGAUAAAACUUGUAGACGUUCCGGAAAUGAACUAUACAUCUGAUGAUCAGCCCAACCCCCGCGGUGAAAUUUGUGUCAGGGGUCCCAUUAUUUUUCAAGGUUAUUACAAAGAUGAAGCUCAAACGAGAGAAGUCAUCGAUGAAGAGGGAUGGUUGCAUACCGGAGAUAUUGGGACAUGGAUAGCUGGCGGUCGUCUCAAAAUAAUUGAUAGGAAGAAGAAUAUCUUUAAAUUGGCACAAGGCGAGUACAUUGCUCCAGAGAAGAUAGAAAAUGUAUAUGUCAAAUGCAAUUUUGUGGCACAGUGCUUUAUAUAUGGUGAUAGUUUUAAUUCUUCUUUGGUAUCUGUUGUCUCGGUGGAUCCUGAUGUCAUGAAAGCAUGGGCUGCUUCCCAAAACAUAGUGUAUAAUGAUUUAACACAACUUUGCAAUGAUCCAAGAGCAAAGGCAGCUGUUUUGGCUGAGAUGGAUGCUGUUGGACGCGAAGCUCAACUUAGAGGUUUUGAAUUUGCAAAAGCGGUCUUUUUGGUGGCUGAACCAUUUGCGAUGGAAAAUGGUCUGCUGACUCCGACAAUGAAGAUUAAGAGGCCUCAAGCGAAAGAAUACUUUGGCAAAGCAAUAUCUGAUAUGUAUAGCGAGCUCUCAAAAUCCGACCCUUCUCAGAAACCCUUGUGAAAUUGAGAGGUCUUCCUUACUGCAUCACAGCAGGUUUUGGACAUCUUUGUACAAACACACGAAAAGAAAAAAAUAGAUAAACAAAGAUACAUGCCCAAAGCACUCAUCAUAAACUUUAAUCAUUAUGGCUCCUACUCAGAAACAUACCAUUGAAAGGAUCCUGCGAUUUCUUGUUGUAUUGUGUUGUAGUUGUCUAAUAAGAAUUAUGGUAGGACUAUUCUUCAAAAAAAAAAAAAGAACUAUGGUAGGACUAGAUUAUUAUUCAUAGUGCUCAAGAAUAAAUUACAUUAUUGGAUUUUAAAUAUUUAUUCUCAAUAAAUAUUAUUUUCACUGA